GACCGACCACUCUGUUAGUAGUUGGUCUCCAGCCCGCGCGCUCAGUCAGCCGUGGUGAUCACCGCACAUUCACCGUAGCCGCCGUCAUGGUCGCCCCCGAGAAGCUCCUCACUGUCGAGAACCCAGUGUUCCAGACCUACCUCUUCUAUAGCUCCGUCCUCGCCGUCAAGAUGAUUGCGAUGAGUUAUCUCACAGCCAAAAUUAGAUUCCAAAAACUGGUGUUUGCGAGCCCUGAAGAUAUCACAUUCAACCCGAAGAAGGCUAAAGUUAAAUACGAUGACCCAGAUGUAGAAAGAAUUAGAAGGGCACACUUAAAUGAUCUCGAGAACAUCCCGCUAUUCCUGAUCGUCGCACUGGUAUAUGUCAUGAGUGACCCCAACCCAUGGAUCGCCAACAAUAUCUUCCGCAUAUUCACACUGGCCCGGAUAUUCCACACUGUUGUCUACGCAGUGUUCCCCUUGCCUCAGCCUUCCCGAUCACUCGCGUUCUUCGUCGGAAAUCUCGCGACAGUGUACAUGACUAUACAGGGAUUCCGCAAGUUUACAUUCUAACUGUCCCAACUAACACAGUUGUCAUCGCAACACUGGAGGUUGGUAUCACCAUCUACUGAGCAGAUAAUAAUGAAAAUGAAUACUUUUCUAAAUGAACUGAAGUAGUAUAACAACAUUUUAUGGCUGUUAGUGUUAUAAUAGCAAAUAAAUAUCAGUUGUUUAUGAGAAUUUUAACACUGCUCAUGUGAUUUUUUAUUGUUAAAGAAGUUUCAAUACUACAGAGUUGCUAUACAAUUCUUACAUAACAAUAACAUGUUAAGGAACAUCUUCUCAUUUGAUAUCGCUAUUAAAUGCCUCUAUAUUUAUCAUUAUUUAUUUUGUCACAACAUCUGCAUUCAGUGAAAUGUCAAUGUAAUGCUCCAUUAACGUAAAAUAUUUUAAGAGAUGAAAUACUUAUAAAAAAAUAUUGAUAAUAUAAUGUUAUCAUGUGAUAAAAAUUAUUAGAAUUUUUUUACGAGACACCAAUGACCUCAGCUUCACUUAAGAAUGUAUUCUUUUAAUAUUUGAUUGAAUGUUCAAUUUUAAAAUUGUUGUUUCAAGCUGAGAUUAUUUAUGUAAUAAAACAUGAAUAAUUUUGCUUAAAGACAUUACAAUACAUUUUAAUGCUAUGAUUGACUGUAUGUGAGUAUUUUAUAAAACAACAGUGUACUGGAGUAAUUUAUAUCUUAAUUUAUAUAAUUAUGUGUGAUGUUUGUAGAAACUGCUGUAACUGUAAAAAUUGUUUUUUGUUCUUAAGAAAAUAUGUAUAACAAUAUAAUUGUAUGUCUUUGUAAAUAAAACUAUGUAUAUUA